AUCCCAUAACUGAUAAGAAUCUACAUGUCUUUCUAGUAAGCAUUACUAUUGUGAUAUGCCAUAAUAGAGAUAUUCCUUCAUGAAGAAAAACAAAAAACUAAACCAAGCCAAGACAAUGACCAACAUGUCAUUUGAAAUACAUUUGUAUCAUUCUUAUGAUCAUUAUUCUAAUAUACACACACACACCACAUAUGUUAUGUAUGUAUGUAUGUGUAUGUACAUAUAAUAACAUCAUUAUAUAUUGAUUGUUCUCUCUCAUCUAGCUAAUUGUUAAGCCAAAUUACUACCAAACCUUUUCUUCUUUCCCCAUGAACUCUAAUAUCCCAUCUGAGUUUCAAAUUCCAUGUUCAAAUCACUCCCCAAAACCAUAUAUUGAAUCUGAAAAGUUUCAUGGUAGUGAGCAUCAUCAUAGCUCUAUGCAUCCAAAAAGAACUGUCAUGCUAAAAAAUAGAUUACCAAGAAGGUAUCUAGGCGUGAGACAGAGGCCAUCUGGGAGAUGGGUUGCCGAGAUUAAGGACUCAAAUCAAAAGCUAAGGCUUUGGUUAGGGACUUUUGACACACCAGAAGAUGCUGCGUUGACCUAUGAUAGGGCUGCAAGACUUUUGAGAGGUAGAAAUGCAAAGACCAACUUCCCAAAUCAAGGAAUUACGACUUCAUCUGAAGAAAAUUUCAACAUCCUGGGAAAGAAUAACCCGAGGCUUUAUCAGCUUCUUCAGCAGGCAGUCAUGAAGAACAAGGCCAAGAACAACUGUAACAUGAAUAUUUCAUUAUGGAAUAACAAUAAAGACCAAAAUAUGGGAGAGGUAGUACUCGAUCAGUAUUUUGAUUCUUCCUCAGUUCAUAAUGAUUUUGAUACUUUGGUUGAAAAGACCAUUGUUUGUUCUUCAUCAAGCCACGAUUAUGACAAUGGGGAUAAUAAUCGUGAUCAAGAGCCCGAUCAUUAUCAUGAUCAUCAUGAUCAGACGCAUAAUAAGAAGAAUAGUACUAAAAAGCUUUGCAGCAGCAGCAGUAGUGGUAGUAAUAUUUCAAUUGGUAGUUCUAAGGUUUAUUCUUCUGUUGUUGUAGCUCCUUCUUUCAGUGCUUCCAAUCAAUGUUAGAAGAAAAAAUUGUACGAUCAAGAAGGAAAUAAACAAAAUAAUGUCAACUAUAGUAGACUGUUCACAUUUUA